CCUCAUGUUCCAAAACUCAUGACUCUUUCAAAAUAUCCGUGAAGCAAUCAACUAAAGCCAUCGCUGCGAACUCAGACAUGUGUAAGCUUCAUCAACUGCGGACGAGGGAUUAUGCUGCCCGCUGGCAGCAGUGGUGGCCGACGAUAUGCUCACAAGCCAUUAGGGAGUCGUAAAUCACAGAGCUUUGUCAUGCGUGCCUCUCGUCUAUAAAAUUUCCCGCCAACUGACCCAACCGCACGAAUAGAGUCAGUGCCAAUCUGGCGUUGAAUCAAUAUCGGUGUUCCGCCGUGCUCAAACACAUCUGCUUAUCCAAUACAUUGACACUACAUUUCGUGGUGUCUAUUGUCCAAAAGUAAAUGGCUGCUUGUCAGAUAGUAAUAGCGAGCGAGCUGCUUGUCUCAUCGAAUCUACUUUCUCUCACCGACACGUCUACCAUAGUCAAGUCACAAUGUACUUACUCCACUAGGGGAGAGAGUUCAAUGCCAAGGCAGAGGCGCACGUUGUUCUCUCUCCCACCAACACCUUCCGGACCUGAGCAUGGCAUAGACCUGAAUCUGGAAUUGAGCUCUCACCUUAUCUCUACUUUCUCUCAUUCUAUAUAACGUUGAUUAUCCAAUUGUUAGUGUGCCUUACAUUCACUAUGGGCGAGCGUAUCCGACCAACGCCUUCUGGACUUGGGGUAUAGACCUGAAUUCCGCCGCGAGAUGUCUCUCUUCGGAGUGCUUGGGAUAUCAUUCUGUUCCAUCGGCAUUUUAAACGGAAUGAGCAGCGCUCUUCAGACGGGGUUGUUCUCUGGAGGUCCGCUGGGUCUG